UUUUGACAGAUGACGUCUAGACAAUACGAUACGAUCGCGUCCGCAUUUUAGUUAUUUGCAAAAAUCGUAAUAAUAAUCGUUUUAAACGAUAGUGUGCUUGAUAAUUCUUCAAAAUGGUCGCUCGUGUGGCCGGUGUAUUCGAUGAGAAACUCACGGAAGCAAUCGCCAAUUCCAAAAUACUGGUUGUCGGUGCCGGCGGCAUCGGUUGUGAGAUUCUGAAGAACCUGGUGCUUACCGGCUUCCCCCAGAUUGAGAUCAUUGAUCUCGAUACUAUUGAUGUGAGCAACUUGAACCGUCAGUUCCUCUUCCACAAGGAGCACGUCGGAAAGUCCAAGGCGCAGGUGGCUAAAGACAGUGCACUCAGCUUCAACCCCAGUGUCAACAUUGUGGCACACCAUGACAGUGUUAUCAGCAAUGACUACGGAGUGAACUACUUCAAGGAGUUCAACAUAGUGAUGAAUGCGCUGGACAACCGCGUGGCGCGCAACCAUGUGAACCGCAUGUGCCUCGCCGCCAACGUGCCGCUCAUCGAGACUGGCACCGCAGGAUACUCUGGACAGGUUGAGCUGAUCAAGAAAGGACUGACUCAGUGCUACGAGUGUCAGCCCAAGGCACCGCAGAAGACAUUCCCGGGAUGCACAAUUCGUAACACACCAUCUGAACCGAUCCAUUGCAUAGUGUGGGCCAAACAUCUGUUCAACCAGCUGUUUGGUGAAGAAGAUCCUGACCAGGACGUGAGUCCGGACACCGCAGACCCUGAGGCAGCUGGAGACGCUGGCUCAUCAGCUCUCACUUCCGAAGGCACCAGUGCUGGAAACGUAGAAAGGAAGAGCACAAGAACUUGGGCAGCAGAGACAAACUAUGAUGCUGAGAAGCUGUUCACAAAGUUGUUUGGAGAUGACAUACGCUAUCUGCUGUCUAUGGAGAAUUUGUGGAAGAAGAGGAGGCCCCCGACCCCGCUGGUGUGGACCAACCUGCCCGGCAAGGACGACCCGCCCGCGCAGCACUCCGGACUGCCGGACCAACGAGUCUGGUCUGUGCAUGAGUGUGCUCAGGUGUUCUCGGACAGCUGCAAGGCGCUGCAAGCCGACCUCGCCUCGCGGCCGGCGGGGGACCACCUCGUGUGGGACAAGGACGACAAGAGCGCCAUGGACUUCGUCACGGCUUGCGCCAACAUACGCGCCCACGUGUUCAAUAUCGGAACUAAGUCGCGGUUUGAGAUCAAAUCAAUGGCGGGCAACAUAAUCCCGGCCAUAGCGACAGCGAACGCGAUCGUGGCGGGGCUGGCCGUGCUGCGCGCGCAGGCCGCUCUCCGCGAGCAGCUCGACGCCUGCACCAGCGUGUACCUGCGCGCCAAGUUGAACCAUAAGGGACAGCUGUUUGUGCCGGAGAAGACCCUCACACCGCCAAACCCGAAAUGCUACGUCUGCGCGCCGAAGCCCGAAGUAGGCCUCGCUUGCAAUCUGAAACAGCUGACCCUGAAGGAUCUGACGGUGGCCUUCAAGGACGGCCUCAACAUGCAGGCUCCAGACGCCACCGUCGAAGGUAAAGGCCUCGUCGUGCUCUCAUCGGAACCGGGAGAGACAGACCACAACAACGAGAAGACAUUGGAGGAACUGGGUCUCAACGAUGGAUGCGCUUUACUGGUGGAUGACUUCCUCCAGAACUACGAAGUUAGGGUCCGUCUCCAACAGGAGGACGAAGAGAAGUCGUGGCGUCUAGUUACUGGAGCUGAUGAAGCCAUGCCGGCUCCCAAAGAAGCUGAGAAGUCAACGAAUGGGUCUAACGGUAACGGGUCAAAUGAACCUAAGCCGGGCCCGUCCAAGCCUAAGGACGACAGUGACAGUGAUAUGGAGAUUAUUGAGGAGGACGACGGAGGAGAGCCCCCGGUGAAGCCCCCCAAGCGCAGGCGCGUGGAGACCAGCGAUGAAGUGGUAGAGCUGUGCUAAAUUGUCUCUGGUUUGUCAGAAAGGAAAAUUUACUCGUAAUUUGAUAGUUGGUAAUCACGGAUUGACCAAUCGCAAUCUCUAGAAAUUGCAGAUCCUGUUUUGAUGAUUGAUAGUAGAGAAAUAACAUAAUAAGCCCCCCCGUUUUAAUUAAAAAUACUUCUCAGUAGAAAGUUAUGUUGCAUGUAAGAACAAUUUUGAUGUUAGACUAAGAACUGUUUCAUCAGUAUAUUUUUUUUUAUAAUAUUUUCUCAGUAAUAAAGUAAUUCUAAGCCUAA